AUGGCCUCACUCGUCCUCCGCCGCGCGUACUCAGCCGCCUCACCGUCCUCUGGCAUUUCCCCGCCUCUGCGCGGAAUUAAAAUCCUCGACCUCACUCGCGUGCUGGCAGGACCCACUGCUACCAUGCUGCUCGCAGACCUCGGGGCGGACGUCAUUAAAGUAGAGGAGGUCUCCCGUGGCGACGAUACCAGAUCCUGGCAUCCCCCCUCUGCACCUGCAUCCCCGACCGCGCCUGUCGAGACCUCUCACCUUCCACCUGAGUCCGCUUAUUUUCUCGCCGUUAAUAGGAACAAACGAUCUCUCACCGUCAAUUUCAAGCGCCCGGAAGGUCUUGCUAUCUUGCAUAAGCUCAUCUGCAGAUCGGACGUUCUCGUAGAAAACUACAUCCCCGGAAAGCUGGCUACGCUCGGUCUUGGCUGGGAAGAUUGUCAGAAAAUUAAUCCUCGACUGAUAUAUACCAGUAUCACAGGCUAUGGCCAGACCGGUCCUUACAGUCAAGCCGCCGGGUAUGAUGUAGUAAUUGAGGGCGAAGCGGGUUUAAUGCAUAUAACUGGUGAACCUGACGGGCCGCCUUGCAAGGUUGGUGUGGCAGUUACGGAUAUUGCGACAGGUCUGUAUGCACAUGGUGCUAUAAUGGCUGCGAUCCUGUCCAGGCAACACACUGGCAAGGGUGUAUGGAUUGACUGCAAUCUUUUUGAGUCACAGCUAGCAGGACUAGCAAACAUUGCCUCUAAUUAUCUUAUCGCAAAGCAGUCUGCAUCAAGGCAUGGGACAGCACAUCCUUCUAUUGUUCCUUACCAGGUGUUUCCUUGCCAAGAUGGCUUUAUCAUGAUUGGGGCAGGAAAUGAUAAGCAGUUUCAUAUACUAGCAGAACACAUUCUUGAUCAGCCAGAGCUUGCUGUUGACUUACGGUUUUCUACUAAUGAAGCUCGUGUCAAGAACAGAGAUCUGAUAAUCAAAGUAAUCACCGAUAAGUUACAACAAAACACAACAAUGUACUGGCUAAAUAAGUUCUCUGGAUUGGGAAUUCCAUUUGGCCCUAUAAAUAACAUUGAGCAGACUUUCAAGCAUCCUCAAACCAUUGCCAGGGAAAUGAUUAUUGAUGUUGAGCAUUCUCGUGCUGGCAAGAUUCAGAUUGUUGCACCUCCUGUUACAUACAAUGGAAAGCGUAUGCCAAUUCUUAGGCCCCCACCUUUUCUGUCACAGCACACUUAUGAAGUUCUUGAAGAGUUAGGAUAUAGUCUAGCUGAAAUCAGUAAUCUCAGAGAACAUGAAAUUAUAUAG